AUGAAAAUAUUAAAAAAAUAAAUAUAUCAAUAAAUCAAUCAAUCAAAAGAAAUAAAACUCACUAAUUAAAAAAAAAGCCAAUCAAAUUUUAUCAUUUAAUAAAUUUGUAAAUUUAUUAAUUAUUUAAAAACUAAAUUUCUUUAUUUAUUUAUUUUUAUUCUAAGCCUUAAUUUACUUACUUUAUAAUAAAAUUUAUCUACAAAGUUCCAUGAAAAUGUUUAUAUAUCUUACCUUCAUUCAAAUUAUGUAAAUUAAAUCUAUUUACUUUCUCAGACUAGUAUUUUCUCAAGAAUUAAUUAAUGUUCUUGA